AUGGACAUUCCACUCAGCAGCGAUGCGCUCGAUCUGAGCUUCCAUCCCGACGACGAAACCAACCUGCUCGCCGUCGGCCUCAUCUCGGGCAAGAUCCAGCUGGUCGACUUCUCGCCGUACGUGGCGGAGCCGUCUUCGUCGCGCACGCCUGCAUCGCCACCUUCGAAAAAGGCACGCUCUGCCACGGAGGAUGGUGAUGUCAAAGCGUCGCGCAAGCUGUAUCGCAAAGUAUGGGUGUCACGACCGUCGAAAAAGUCGUGCCGCGGGUUGGCAUUCGCCACGGACGGUGCGAGCAUCUACAGCGUCUCCAAAGACAAGGGGUUGUACGCCACGGAUACGGAGACUGGGAAAGUGGUGCAGAGCUGGCAGGAUGCGCACGAUGCGGCGCCGAGUCGGGUGCUGCCUAUCGACGAGACCAUGGUGGUUACGGGCGACGACGAUGGUGUGGUUCGACUCUGGGAUCCGCGUAAACCGGGUGGUGCGGGUGCGAAACCGGUUCGAUCGUGGGAUCAUCACUUUGACUGGAUCACGGAUCUCGUCUACCUGCCCGACUUGCCCGUCCCGAAACCCAGGACGGCAGCUGAAGCCAAGAAGAGCAAGAGCCAGCUCAAGAAGCAGCGCAAGCGCGCACGCCAAGCUGCGCUCGAACGAUCUCUCCACCCCAACUCGGACUCGGACUCGGAGUCGGGCAGUGAGGUGGAGGCGGAAUCGCGUUCGCGACUCAUCGUCACCUCGGGCGACGGCUCGCUCUCCUCGAUCGACCUACGUUCGAGUGGACCGACGAGCUUUGAGCAGAGCGAAGACCAGGAAGACGAGCUGCUCUCCAUCACCCCGAUUCGACGCAGUCAGAAGCUCGUCGUAGGCACCCAACUCGGCAUUCUCUCGCUGUGGUCGCCCGCACACGGACUGCUCGAUCACGUAGACCGCGUACCCGGCCAUCCGGCUUCGGUGGAUACACUCGUGACGCUCGACGACGAGACAGUGCUCACGGGAAGCUCCGAUGGCCUUGUGCGUGUCGUCCAGAUUUUGCCAUCCAAGCUACUCGGCGUUAUUGCGAGUCACGAUGGACUGCCGGUGGAGAGGAUGAAGCGCAAGGGAAAUACACUGGCCAGUAUCGGUCACUCGAAUGCAGUCAAGCUCACCGAUCUCACUCCGCUGCUCGAUGAAGAUGGCGACCAAGAUGCGCCCUUGGGCAUCACCGACUUGCCGAGUGACUCGGAAGAUGACCAUGACGAUGACGCAGAAGACGAUGCAGAUGUCCCAGUCGAACCAUCCACCCACGAAUCGGACGAGCAAAACGACAACGACGACGACGAUGACGAUGACCAUGACGAUGACAAGCCAUCCCCACCUGCAAAAGAGACCUUCUUCGCCGACCUCUAA